UGGUCCGUCCCACAAUAUCCACUGCGCUACCCCGCUCCACCCUCUCCCGCUCCCCGCAGUCCGCCAUGGCGGCGCUCUGCUCCGCCGCCUCGCCGGCCGUCUCCAGGGCCGCGGCGCUCGGCCUGUCCGCGCGCGGCCCCGCCUCCCUCCUCCCCCUGCGCCUCCGCCUCCGCGCCGCCUCGCGCUCCUGCUACGCCGCGCCGCGGGUCGCGGCGUCGUGGCGGGCGCGGCAGCGCUUCGCCGCGUCGGCCGCCUCCACCACGGAGGAGGGCACGGACGUCGACACGGUGAUCCCGCCCGACAACCGCAUCCCCGCCACCAUCAUCACCGGCUUCCUCGGCUCCGGCAAGACAACUUUACUAAAUCACAUACUGACAUCUCACCAUGGAAAACGGAUCGCUGUCAUUGAGAAUGAGUAUGGUGAAGUUGACAUUGAUGGUUCGUUAGUUGCCGCACAAACUGCUGGAGCUGAGGACAUAAUGAUGCUGAACAAUGGUUGCCUUUGCUGCACUGUGCGUGGUGAUUUAGUGCGAAUGAUCGGUGAAUUGGUUGACAAGAAGAAGGGAAAGUUUGACCAUCUUGUUAUUGAAACCACAGGUUUAGCAAACCCAGCACCCAUAAUACAGACAUUCUACGCAGAAGAUGCAGUUUUUAACGAUGUCAAGCUAGAUGGUGUUGUUACUCUAGUGGAUUCAAAGCAUGCAAGGUUGCAUUUGGAUGAAGUGAAGCCCAAGGGUAUAGUCAAUGAGGCAGUUCAGCAAAUUGCUUAUGCUGACAGAAUUAUAAUUAACAAGACUGACCUUGUUAGCGAGCCUGAAGUUUCUUCCUUGGUUGAGCGUAUAAGGAGUAUCAAUCGCAUGGCUAAUUUGAAACGAGCUCAGUAUGGUAAAGUUGAUUUGGAUUAUGUGCUUGGAAUUGGGGGCUUUGAUUUGGAGAGGAUUGAGAGUGCUGUCACUGAAGAACCACAUGAUGAGCACGAACAUGAACAUGAACAUGAACACAAGCAUGACCAUGACCAUGACCAUGCCCACGACCACGAUCACCAUCAUCAUGAUCAUGACCAUAAACAUGACCAUCAUGCGCAUGAUCACACCCAUGAUCCCGGUGUUUCUUCUGUAAGCAUCGUUUGCGAAGGGGAGAUGGAUCUUGAAAAGGCUGACAUGUGGUUGGGGAACCUACUGCUGGAACGCAGUGAUGACAUAUACCGGAUGAAGGGGCUGCUCUCUGUCAGUGGAAUGCCUCAACGCUUUGUCUUUCAGGGAGUGCACGACAUUUUCCAGGGAUCUCCCGACAGGAUGUGGGAGGCCAACGAGCCGCGCAUCAACAAGAUUGUGUUCAUCGGCAGGAACCUCAACCGGGAAGAGCUGGAGAUGGGCUUCAAGGACUGCCUGCUGAAGUAGGCCAGAGCUGCUGCUUUUGGAUGGAUCUCCAGCUUCAUGAUUUUGAGCUUUGCGGCUGCAGACCUUAUCCUUCAUUGAAAUGUCCAAACUGAAACUGUUAUUGAACUGUCACGAAACGCGAGAUGUAUAUAUAGAUUGGGGAGCAGUAGCAUAUCCUUGGAACUUGGCUCCAUGUUCGCAGAUGUCUACUGUUAUGCACGAUGUUGCACUGUGACCUGCAGAGAUUUAUAGACUGUACUGUGACUUGAGGAAUUGCUUUGUAAGUCUGAAAAGUCUCCAUAUCAUGUGUUUCAUUCAAA